AUGGGCACGACUAAGCAGAUUGCCAGCUGCAUCAUUAUCCAAGUGCUGUUGCAGAAGGAAGUGGAAACCUGCACCGAUCCGAUAGUGAAGGCGUCAAAGGAAGAACUGAAUUGCAAGAGUCACUUUGUUAAAAACUUCGUGCGGUUAGAAGAUGGUGCCUAUACAGUCAGGUUACCAAUUAAACACAACUCCGGUUUAUUGGGUGAUUCGUACUCACAGGCUCUACGUCGCUUCCAGUCGUUGGAGAGAAAAUUGUCUCAUCAGCCCGAACUGCGCAAUCAGUAUUCGGCCUUCAUAAAGGAGUAUCUUAAUCUAGGUCAUAUGUCCCUGGUUCCGCCGAAGUUGCAUCGAGAUUGCAAAUAUUUUCUGCCACAUCACUGUGUGCUAAAAAAGGACAGCACUACGACGAAACUUAGAGUGGUGUUCGACGGUUCCUCUGUUACCACCUCCGGUUAUGCUUUAAAUGACAUAUUAAUGGCUGGGCCGGGCAUCCAACCUAAGCUUUUUCACAUCCUGCUAAGGUUUCGUUCGCAUCCGGUAGCGCUGACUGGCGACAUUUGA